UAUAGACUAAAAUCAAAUCAUAGCUGGGAAUGUGUUUUGGAAACCUGGAUGACUCUGGGCUGCUGUCACUGCACACUGAGAAAUGCAGUUGCUAAAAAGCUUUGGUGGACUGAUUGGAUUUGAUCAGCUGCUGGAGACAUGUAAAUGUACCCGUGCGGAGGUUUGCUAUAGCACCAAAGGCAAUGGAAGCAGAUGAAGGAGGUUUAUCCGAGUGAACAGUUGGACCUCUGCAGGCGACCUGAGCCUGUUAGUCGUGAGUGUCGAUGUGACAGACAAACGGGAGAGUCGCAGACUUUCACUGUGAUGCAGCAGUGCACAUUUCCACUCGCCGCUGACGCGCAGUGAGGAUGAUUUAGGGCCGCAAUAACAGGAACACUAAGAAAGCGGCUGAAUGAUUAGCCACACAUAAUGUGACAGGGAUGGAAAAUUGAACAAAAGGAGGCGGGGAGGAAGUGAAUGAAGUCUAUUUGACACCGCAGCCAGGGGUUGAAAACGAGGAGUCGUUGUCCCUCAUGGUGCCGCAACAUUUCAAUAUCCUGUUUGUGGCUCAUUUGAAAUGCUGCUGACACGAGAUAAUCAGGAAAGGGGUCACGCCAGAUAAAGAAGCACAGUGUGGGGAGAGAGGGAGGGAGAGCGCGGUUCCAUCCGCUCUGCGUGAGUUUAAAACGGCAGCCACCAGUAUCGAUCGAUCUCUUUCACCAUUUGUGCCAUUUUGCGCGUCACAGAGUGCGCACGGUGCCGUGCCUGUUGCUGCUGCUGGAGGAGGAGGAGGAGGAGGAGGAGGAAGAGAGGCUGUGCGCUCACAUUCAACAGGCACUGGGGGAUACUUUCAUGUACAAUUUCAUCGCGUUUUCCUUAGUAUAUAUUUAAAACUGCGGAGUAGUUUGGGGAUUUUUUUUUUUCUUUUUUCGGGAUGGUGAUGCGUUCAAGUCGCGCGCUGUGGUGUGUACACGCAAAUCCCCGUCCCUCCACUCUAGUUUCCAGUAGUUAGAUCAGAUUCCUGAAACAACCACAACACUGACUGCCAGGGAAAGGAGAGGAGGAUGGCGGCUCCACACAACGGAUCCAACAUAACGGGGAACCUCACCAACCAGUUUGUGCAGCCGCCGUGGCGCGUCGCCCUCUGGUCCGUAGCCUACAGCUUCGUGCUGGCGGUGGCGGUGUUCGGAAACCUCAUCGUGAUAUGGAUCAUUCUCGCCCAUAAACGCAUGAGGACGGUGACGAACUACUUUCUCCUAAACUUGGCGUUUUCCGACGCGUCGAUGGCAGCGUUCAACACUUUGAUAAACUUUGUCUACGCCACACACGGGGAGUGGUACUUCGGGAAAGCGUACUGCAAAUUCCACAACUUCUUCCCGGUCACAUCCGUGUUUGCGAGCAUCUACUCCAUGACUGCGAUAGCUGUGGACAGGUACAUGGCCAUCAUCCAUCCCCUGAAGCCUCGUCUGUCAGCGAAGGCCACCACAGGAGUCAUCGUCUGUAUCUGGAGUCUGGCCGUGGUUCUGGCCUUCCCUCUCUGCUACUUCUCUACAACCAAAACUCUGCCCCGCAGGACCCUCUGCUACGUGGCCUGGCCCCGCAUGGCUGACGACCCGUUCAUGUAUCAUAUCAUAGUGACAGUCCUGGUCUACGUGCUGCCCUUAGUGGUGAUGGGCAUCACUUACACCAUCGUGGGCGUGACUCUGUGGGGAGGAGAGAUCCCAGGAGACUCAUCUGAUAACUAUCAUGGACAGCUCAGGGCCAAAAGGAAGGUGGUGAAGAUGAUGAUUAUAGUGGUGGUGACCUUUGCUCUCUGCUGGCUCCCCUUCCAUGUCUACUUCAUUGUGACGGGUCUUAACAAGCCACUGAACAAGUGGAAGUACAUCCAGCAGGUUUACCUGUCAGUGCUGUGGCUGGCGAUGAGCUCCACCAUGUACAACCCCAUCAUCUACUGCUGCCUCAACAGCAGGUUUCGAGCUGGCUUCAAGCGGGCAUUUCGUUGGUGCCCCUUCAUCAAGGUGUCCAGCUACGAUGAGCUGGAACUUCGCUCCACGCGGCUGCACCCAACACGCCAGAGCAGCAUGUACACGCUGUCCAGAAUGGACACCACCAUGGUGGUGGUGUACGACCCUGCCGAGGGCGACGGCGGCGCUGCUGUUGCCUCUGGAAGGAAGUCCUCCCUGUCCUCUAGGAAGAGAAGCUACAUUACGUCUCGCCAGUCAGAGAUCAUCGGGUGCAACGGUAGCAACCCAAAAACGCAAAAUGGAGCGGCUCCAAGCGCUCAUCCUGAGGAGUUCUCGUGAAGGCCGUUUCACUCACAGACUUACACACAGACAUAUGCAUGUUGCAAAUGUAUACACAUGCAUGAUACACUGUACAUAUAAAAGGUGCACAGAUGUUUGCUAAAUGUAGACGUAGAAGCAUUGUAUCAAGGCGGAAGGUAUGCAGAGAAUGGUUACUUGGAUAUAGAGAUUAUUUACUACAUAACGUUGCUGGAUGAUAUUGAUGAUUCUCUGGAGCAUGGAUGGACUACUGGGUACAGGCCCCGGGGCCACAGGCGUCAGUGUGAAGUUAAUGUUACUAGCAGUUCUCAUUAAAAAGUCACACAGCUCAAUCAAAAUGAGGGAUGUCCCUAUUAUGUUUCUUUUUCUCCUGUUCAUUUACUAUCAGCUGCCAUAUAGAGUGUGAUCCCACUUUGUUUUUUGUUUGUGUUCAUUCUUUCUCAGCAUAAUACAGCUGACAGUAGAGAGCAAACUUAAAUUAAUGGAGACAUAUUCUGCUCAUUUUCAGGUUCAUGAUAUUAUUCUGACUUACUACCACAACAGGUUUACAUGCUUUAAUACUUAAAAAACACAUCAGUUUUCUCUGCUUGUCCAGUGCUGCAGCUCUGUAUUCCUCUUCCUCUUCUGUCUGAAAGACUCUUUUUUUAACUCCUGUCUCUUUGCUGGAGAGAGGCGCUUGAUCGUCUUGUUAGCUUUCAAACUCUUUUAGAUGCACGUGCAUGGUCUUCUUUAAAAUAAAGCAAAGCAAUUUAAAAUGUUUCACAUUGCACUGAAUAGCUCUGCUUUAAACAAACAAAAAAAAUGAAGCAUGUGUCACAGGGUUUUUUUUUUCCCAGUGGUUUUUCUACGACAUUUUCUGUGGAUCGAGUGGCUUGUUUCACAAAAGUGAUUUGCACACAGGUCCCAAAACAUGGCAGUGUUAUAGUUCACAAUCAACUGUCGCUGUGUUUGUUUUGAUCAGCGAAUCGUCCCAAAAUCGACAGCAGAGAAAAUUAUCUGAGCUUGCACGUUGCAAAUUUUGGUGAAACGUGCCCCUUGCUUUGGCAAAGAUUUACACAGCCUCUCUUCAUCUCCAGCAUGAACUAAGCAACGAAGAUGGGGAUGCAAAACAAGCACUGGUGACUGGUGGGGGGGCUCUUUUGCAUGUCUGCACCCAGAGUCCCAUUGUCCCAUAAUCCAUCCAUGCUUGAGAGCAGCCUUAGCAACAUGUGAAGUGAGCCACGCUAACCUGCUGCAGUGUGUUCAUUUACACUUCAGGUGCUUUUACUUUUAAGUGUUACAUUCAAUGUUUCCCCUACAAACAGGGUCCUUCUGCAUUAACACAAUCCUCAAAGUAGCAGUGCCUGCAUCAGACAUUUAGUUCUGAACGAGUUUAGCAUAUAAACAAAAUGAGUACCCCACUGUUUUGUGAAGGGCUCACCCCUGCAGCUCAAAUGAAUGACAAUGAAAUUAAUCUUGCUCCAAGACUCAUUAUUUAAAUAUAUACAAGAAUGCGGAGACCAUCUCAUAAUGGAGCUAAUCUGAAAACACGUCAUGGUGAUUAUAAUCAUGUAAGUAUGUCCUAGUCCUCAUUACUACCGGUGAGUUUUAACUGUGAACUUUUUGUUCAACAGAGGAUACACUCUGCAUUUGCUUCAUCCUGAAACCAUGAAAGAACAGCUGCAGAGAGUUGCCAGUGGAAUAGCUGUCGAUAGGCAACAUAUGCAGCUCUGAGUUUGGAUCCGAAAGUACCGAAAAUAAGUCGGGCUUUCAGUUAUGUAACAAGGAACAUGUUUUCCCAGUAACUGGUAACAAGCCAGGGGCAAAAUCCAGUAUAUAUUUAGGGCACGUCAAUAAAACAGGCUGCUGGAGAAUGAGCAGACUGAACGCAAACUAGGGGCUAGUGGAUCGAUAGCUCUCAUUUUUAUAUUUUAUACUCGGAAGCUGCAAAGUGAAGCGCAGUCGGCCUUUGUUUUAAUGUCCGUUAAUGUUCUUCUUAAAUGCCUUUGUUCAGCGUGUGAUCAGAGAACAGGACAGUUGGUGUUCCACUAGUUUCUCUCGCAGCAAGUUGUUAUCCUGCGUUGCCCCUUAAUUUAACUCCCUGCCUGUGUCCGAGGUCUUGUACAUAUGUAUCCUGGUAUUUUUAGAAACCAGACUGUCUCAGUCGAGGUGGACUCUUUUGGCACGACUUAAGAAAUGAUCUCCGCCUUGCUAACACACCUGAAAAUGGAUUUCCAAUGGCUAUUCAUGUGUGCUAAGCAUGUCCGUGUUGUUGCAAACAACAGAUUGUACUCUCUGUAGCUUGUUAAUUGGUGACUGAAAAUGCUACGAGCAAGGCAGGGAAAUGUGACACAGAAUGCCUUUUUGUCCGUGAAAUAUAGAAACAGCAGCUGUAUUUGUCUCUCUUUUCUGUCACUGUAUUAUCAAUGUCCAGAUCCAGAUGUGGAAAAAGUACACAUAUUAUUUACUCAAUUAGAAGUACUGAUACUUGUAAAAAAAAAAAAAAAAAAAA